AUGAAGAACAUGAUGCAGACGGCGGUCGCGGAGGUGUCUAAGACGUGGCACGACAUUCUCACCAUGAUUCGCCGCGACUUCCCCUACUUCAACCGCACCAACGGCCGAGAUCACUUCAGCACGAGCACGUUCGAUCACGGCCGUUGCCACGCGCUGACGUGGGUCAUCCCGGAUCUGUACGGCGAGAUGUUCUUCGUGAUGCUCAACGGGGACCGCCUCGCGCGCACCAUGCACGCGUCUGUCGAGCGCAAUUUGCAGAUCAUAGGAUACAACUACAUUGAUGCGCCGCUGCAGCCGCAGUUCCCUGACGUCCCAUGCUACAUGCCCGACCGAGACAUUGUCGUCCCUGCCUUUAUUGGCGACCAGAUACCCAUGGUGUCGCCCUUCACUGGCGAUCGCCCCAUGCGAGCCAUCUUCCGCUUCUCAGCCCAUCAGGGUCACAACGCGCCCCUCAUGCACCACGGCCACGACCUGCGCCCCGAGCUGCUCGCUAUGUAUGCGAAGCAGCGCAUCAAGGGGUGGAGCUUUGCAGCCAAGCUGGAGAACCAGACGAGCAAGGAUUGGCAAAAAGCUGUCUUCUGCAUCUGCCCGCCCGGCCACUCCCAGUGGACCAGCCGGCCCUUCAAGGCGCUCAUCUCGGGGUGCAUCCCAGUGACGUUCUUUCGAGACCACGACAAUCCCUGGGGUGACGAGCUGGACUACUCCUCCUUCUCCAUCAACAUCGAUCCCGACGACAUUGCUUCGAUGCGCUACCGCCUCGAGACCGCCCCCGUGGAGCAGCUGCAGCUACAUGUUCUAGUGGUCGUGGAUGAAAGCUCAUAUGGGUUGGAGAGGACGAGCGUACCAUAUAAGGAGCUCCCACCUAUGAGCUUUCACAGCACUGAUGUCAUUCCCACUUCCUUUCCCCCCACUUCCUUUCCCUUCACUUCCUUCCCCUCACUUCCUUUCCCUUCACUUCCUUCCCCUCACUUCCUUCCCCUCGCUUCCUUCCCCUCUCGUUUUCUUUCCCCCUCUCUCCCCCCUUGA